AUGCUUUGGGAUCCUGAGCAUUUAAAAAAGCUCACGUAUAAUGUUGCGGUGCGCAUUUUCACUCGUGAAGAGCCGUCAGGUGAGUACGCGGCUACCAUUAAGACGCCUAUGGAAUAUAGGCUGGCAAUAAAGCACGUCGGUAUCGGUAUCAUUAUGAAGUGGACCGCCCUGGAGAUUCAAGCUGCCAAGGAGGUGGCCAGUGUGUCGAAUCUUGCCGGCAUGAAUCAAGCCAAGGUUGCCGUGUUUGUCCGCGUGCAAUGUGGCGCCAACUAUCAGACCAUCUCCAACGUUCUAAGACUGGUCUGGGCAUUUUCGAUCGCUCUGGAUGCAUCUAUAUGCCAAGGCACGUCCUAUGUUGACAUUCGAGUUCGUUUUAUUUGGCAACGCAAACUCUUUAACUUGCACGUCAUAUCCGUCAUUCGAUUUGGUUUGCACACCGGUGUCACUCAGUUCGAGAUGCUCUGCAAGCUGCUCGACGUCCUCAGCCCCCGCUGGAAGCAGCCUUGGAUUGGCGCAUCCUCGGAUGGACCACCGAAAAUGACAGGCGCAAUAUCUGGUGUCAUCACUCGCCUGCAGCAAGCUAUCCUUGGCGGGUUCUAUCGCGUAUGGUGUCUGCUGCAUCAGCUCGACAUUUCAUUGCAAACGGCGUAUCAGAAAUUUGAUCAGGGUGGUGGUGGACGACGCCGGUCUCAAUGA